ACCAUCAGCAGUUUCCUCAGUUUACCAGUGUUGGUGUGUCGUUUGUAGAGGCUUCGAUUGUUACGUUUAAGUUAUCUUAUAAUCAAGUAUAUUUCCUGUUGAUUUAAAGUCAUUUUGUUUAUUUUUUGUCUAAUGAUUAAUUGUUAGUGUACAAAGUCAACAAUUAGUGUUAAGUCAAAUGAAUAUAACAAAAGGAAUUUCGAACAUUUUAUAAACUUUUGAAACGUUGAAUGGUUUAGAUGAAUUUGUUGUGUUUUUGAUUGCCAUCAUCACUCAAUAAAAAUAGUGACACAAUACUUGUUAUCUAAUUCAAAUUACCUUUUUAAUGGUUUUUUUUCGUCAAGGAAAUAUAAUCCAGGGUUAUGUUUGAUAAUAUGGUUGGAGAUAGUAAAAAUCCACGGACGAUACGCAGAUAGACAAGAGUGACAGUAGGCAGCUGAAAAAAAAAUCGGACAAUGAACGCGUCAUUGUUGUUCACGCUGUCGUGGAGUAACUGGCGAGUAUGUCAGUUGCUCGCUACUGUAAGUCCAUAUAGACAUAAAGAGCUUGGAGGCCAAAUUGAGUGUAAUUGAAGUAAAAUGGCAGCGACAGCUAAACAUGAGUUAAGACAAAAGUUCCCGGGAGAGUCCUCGGGUGAAGAAGAUAUUGCAGCGAUUGCUAAACAAAUUAGUGAUCAUGCAGAAGCUAUUUAUCAAACUUGGAAAAGCCGUGGACUGGCGCCUACAGAAAUAUUAAAUUGCCACAGCAAUGCUACUGCCGCUGAUAAAUUUGGUAGUGCAUUAACGCCUACGAUGUCUCCAAACUCAAGUGCCAAUGCCAAAAAGCUGGUUGAACCUCUUGAGAAUAUUUUGACUGUUGGUGGAUCAGGACAAGCUUACAAUCCACCUCCUCCACGAUUGGAUAAUAACAAUAGUCUAGAGAAACUUGUUAAUAAUUUUGUUGUUGAAGACAAAGCAAGACAAAGAACAUCUUAUUUGACAAAAAAUCUUCCGUCUUCCAUUCAAUUUGCUUUGGAAAAGUUUGAACGUAAUUCAGCACAUGGACUUUCAUCAAAUGUUCAACAAAAACAACCGAUAAGACCAAAAAUAGCCACGAAAUCAGCAUUGUCAUCGUCUCUGGCAUCACCAUCGUCAUCACUUGGUGAAACUAUUGAAAGUAUUUUGCCAGCAGACUUGCCUGGAUCUACUUCAAGCCAAUCUAAACGCCCCCUCAGUGUUCUACUCAACACAUCGUCAACUUCGCCGACCGGAGAAUUGUCUAGGUCAACCCAAAGUUCGGGUUUAACGACCUGGCCUCUUAAAAAUAAAUUAUUCACUGAGUCUUCUACCACUUCAACUCGGGUCAAUGUUUCCAAGUCUAACGUAGCUUCUUCAUAUCUCGAUGAAGUAGCUCGUGAAGAAGAAAGACUUAUUAAUGCUUUAAAAACAGGUGCAGUGAUUGGCGAGGACACUAGUUCGCCUACGCCUGCCAAGCAAAAACCUGCAAUUAAGAAGGAAAAACCUAAACUCGUAACUAAUGUGUUGGAAAGAACAUCACAUUAUUUUCAGCAAAUUCAGCAAAGAGCUGAAGAAUCAAAAAGUACUAUUUCAGCAGAAAAAAUUGAAAAGAAACAGGAAGCUGAAGAGGAACGUGAAGUUCAGGUUGUUAAUUCCAAAUGGGGUCCAAGAAUUACUUCUCCAAGACCUAGAGUCGAUCAAGUUCCUCAUCCGGAACUUACAACUCAGCGAAAGCAACAUAUUCGUGCCACUGUAGCUGCUGUUAAUGCUGCUGCUGCUACUGAUACUUCUAGCACGACAGGAAGUAAUAUUAAUCCUGUGAGACCAUUUCUCACAAGAGGAUCAGUUGCAGAACGAGUUUUAAUUUUUGAAAAAUGUCCAAGUGAACUUCUACUUGAUAAACGUGGACUUCGGCAGCCUGUGAGUUUUGUUUCAAGGCUUGGCAAUAACAGUGAGGGUUUUAAACCAUUAUCUUAUGUAAAAGACAAAAUUCAGGAACGACAGUCCAAAGAUUUACUACCACAUACUACUCUUCAGAGGCAUGUAAAGGCUAAUAAAAAUGUUCGCAUCCCAAGAUUCUAUUUCCCAGGAGGUAAACCUAUUCCACCUACACAACGAGCGACUGUUAUUGCGAAAAUAAGUAAAGCCUUUGAGAGUCUCCCGGGACAUCGUGCUUCACGUUCACAAUUUCAUAUAAUUGCUAAAGCUUGUGAUUUACCUCUUUACUGGAAGAUUCCGCUCUUCUUAGCUGCCGGUGGAGAUAAAACAGCAUGUAUAGAAAUGACUGCUUUCCUUGACUUUUGGAGAGAGGCUACUAGAAAUAAUCAUGAUGCAGCCAGUACAUUUAUAAGGAUAACAACUAGAGGAUUAAGGAAUUAUAUUCUACCUGAAGAUCUCGUAGCAUUGGUACAAGAUGUUGUUGAUACCCAUCCAGGUUUGAUAUUUUUGAAAGAAGCAACAGAAUUUCAUUCUCGUUACGUUCACACUGUGAUUGCAAGAAUAUUUUAUUGUGUAAAUCGAAGUUGGAGUGGAAAAAUAUCAAUUACUGAGCUUCGAAGAAGCAACUUGUUGGAAGUUAUUGGUAUUCUAGAGCACGAAGAGGAUAUAAACCAGGUGACGUCCUACUUUAGCUAUGAACACUUUUACGUUAUAUACUGCAAGUUCUGGGAACUGGAUCGUGAUCACGACUUAUUUAUUGACAAGAUGGAUCUAACUAGACACAAUGAUCGUGCGUUGUCAACACGUUUGAUAGAAAGAAUAUUCAGCGGUGCUGUAACUAGAGGCGGAGUUAAAAGUGGAGGAGUACAUCAACAUGAAAAAAAAAUGAGCUACACUGAGUUCGUAUGGUUUCUGCUCAGUGAAGAAGAUAAAAAUCAUCCUACGGCUAUUGAAUAUUGGUUCAGAUGUAUGGAUUUAGAUGGUGAUGGAUACCUUUCGAUGUAUGAACUAGAAUACUUUUAUGAAGAACAAUUACAUCGAAUGGAGGCCAUUGGAUUGGAAACGUUACCAUUCGAAGACUGUCUUUGUCAGAUGUUAGACAUGAUUAAACCAAAAAUUCCUGGAAAAAUAUCUCUAAGUGAUUUAAGAAAGUGCAAAAUGACCUCAAUAUUUUUUGAUACAUUCUUCAACCUUGAAAAAUACCUCGACCAUGAACAAAGGGAUCCAUUUGCUUCAACUAGAGAUCAUGAUGCCGAAGGCCAUGAACUUUCUGAUUGGGAUCGAUUUGCAGCUGAUGAGUAUGAAUUAUUAGUUGCGGAAGAGAGCGGAAAUGAAGCAAAUGAUCAAAUGAUGUACGAUAACGGAAUGGAGGAAGAUUAUUCCACAAUAAAUACCUUACCAGAAGAAACAAAUGAUAGUAGUAACAAAAAGGAUUGCUAUUCAAGAGAUUAUCAAGACUCUAGUGAUCAUCGUCGUGACCAAAAAGGUCAAAAUUAUGAUAGUGGAGACAGCGACGAUUAUGCGGAGAGUGACAAUUAGUUGAAUGAAGAUGGUAUGAUAAUAAUAGUGCCAUUAUUUCAAGUGCAUCGUUUCGUGAAAAUAAACUUGAACUCAGCAUGUCUGUGUGCCAUGAAUAAUGUUUAUCGUAAAGAUUUGCGGUAUAUAGGUAGGCUCCUCUGUCUAUCAUUUUGUAAAUAGGAUAUAUAAGAUCGUCAAUUUUUAUUUUGUUUAAUAAUUAAUUUAACUGUUAGAUAAAAUGAAAAAAAUGCGAAAAUGA